AUGGGUUCAAAACCUCAAAUAUAUCAUGAAAAACAAGUAAAAGAGCUGUGUGCACUGCACGCGCUUAACAAUUUAUUUCAGACUCGCAAUACAUUUUCAAAAUCAGAAUUGGACUCGAUAUGUAGUAGAUUGUCCCCCAAUGUGUGGAUCAACCCCCAUCGUUCUAUGCUUGGCCUGGGAAACUAUGAUAUUAAUGUCAUAAUGGCUGCUUUACAAAAAAAAGGCUGUGAGGCUGUGUGGUUUGAUAAAAGAAAGGAUCCUGGAUGCUUAGAUCUAUCAAAUAUUUGUGGUUUUAUUCUCAAUGUUCCAUCAGAUUACAAACUUGGCUUUGUAAUGCUACCUUUAAGGCGACGACAUUGGAUCACUAUUCGACAAAUACAAGGCAAUUUCUACAAUCUUGAUUCUAAAUUAGAAAGUCCUCAAUUAAUAGGAAGGAGUAGUGAUCUUAUAGCAUAUUUGAAGGAACAGUUAGACAGUAAGGAAAAGGAACUAUUUGUGGUUGUGAGUAAAGAGGUAGAAGAGAAACAGCUGUGGAUGCAUCAAUAUGCUCUACAAAAUCACCAUAACGAUUUCAACCAGAAAGACUUGGAUCAUCACUGUGAUAGCUCAGAUGUAACUCCAACAAGUGAUUAUAGAAAUCGGGAUGCUGAGUGCCUCCGUCUAAAUGAGGUUAGGAACUGUGUCAAUGAAGAUUAU